UCACCGCUCCUUUUGGGGCCGUCUGAGAAGUUUUGAACUUCCUGGGUUGACUCGCCCCGGUAUGCGAGGGAGUGGGUGGCCGAGGGCGAGGCUGUUUCCACUGCCUGGGCGCGGCCCUUUAAACUUUUUGUUUUUUAAACUUCGGGGGUGUGGUUGAGGCGUCUCCUCUCUCUGCGGCUGGUUGUUCUCUGGCCGUCCGGUCCUUCCCUCGUCCCGCCUUCCAGAUGCUUUGGAGUCAUGAGCCGGGAGGGCACAGGGACCCGCCUGGUGGCCGAGGUGAUCAAAGAUCGCCUUUGUUUUGCCAUUCUCUACAGCAGACCAAAGAGUUCAUCAAGUGUACAUUAUUUCAGCAUAGAUAAUGAACUUGAAUAUGAGAACUUCUACGCAGAUUUUGGACCACUCAAUCUGGCAAUGGUUUACAGAUAUUGUUGCAAGAUAAAUAAGAAAUUAAAGUCCCUUACAAUGAUAAGGAAGAAAAUUGUUCAUUUUACUGGCUCUGAUCAGAGAAAACAGGCAAACGCUGCUUUCCUCAUUGGAUGCUACAUGGUUAUAUAUCUGGGGAGAACUCCAGAAGAAGCAUAUAGAAUAUUAAUGUUUGGAGAUACAUCCUAUAUUCCUUUCAGAGAUGCUGCCUAUGGGAGCUGCAAUUUCUUCAUUACUCUUCUUGACUGUUUCCAUGCAGUGAAGAAGGCAAUGCAGUAUGGCUUCUUUAAUUUCAACUCAUUCAACCUUGAUGAAUAUGAAUACUAUGAAAAAGCAGAAAAUGGAGAUUUAAACUGGAUAAUACCGGGCCGAUUUAUUGCCUUCUGUGGACCUCAUUCAAGAACCAAACUUGAAAGUGGUUAUCACCAACAUUCUCCUGAGGCUUACAUUCCCUAUUUCAAGAAUCACAACGUUACUACCAUAAUUCGUCUGAAUAAAAGGAUGUAUAAUGCCAAACACUUUACAAAUGCUGGUUUCGAUCACUAUGAUCUUUUCUUUGCGGAUGGCAGCACCCCUACUGAUGCGAUCAUCAAAGAAUUUCUGGAUAUUUGUGAAAGUGCUGAGGGUGCCAUUGCGGUGCAUUGUAAAGCUGGCCUUGGGCGAACGGGUACUCUGAUAGCCUGCUACAUCAUGAAGCAUUACAGGAUGACAGCAGCCGAGACCAUUGCUUGGAUCCGAAUCUGUAGACCUGGCUCAGUGAUUGGGCCUCAGCAACAAUUUUUGGUGAUGAAACAGCCAAGCCUCUGGUUGGAAGGUGACUAUUUUCGUCAGAAGUUAAGGGGUCAGGAGAAUGGAAAACACAAAACAGCCGUCUCAAAACUCCUCUUGGCUGUUGAUGACAUUUCAAUCAAUGGUGUCGAGAAUCAAGACAAGCAAGAACCUGAACUGUACAGUGAUGACGACGAAAUCAAUGGAGUGACACAAGGUGAUAGACUCCGGGCCCUGAAAAGCAGAAGACAAUCAAAAACAAACGCUAUUCCCCUCACAUGUUCCCUAGCUGUGCUGACCUCUGCACUGUGUAGUGUUGUCAUCUGGUGGAUUAUCUGUGACUACAUUCUUCCCAUCGUGCUAUUCUGUCUCGAUGGUUUAAGAACACAGUAGCCAUCAGGACCCUUUGACCAAUAGCUGCUGUUCCCUCCAUUUCAAGGACUAAAACAGUCUUGCGUUAAGUAAAAACCUGUGACCAGAACUGAAAGAAGACUCUAGGAACAGAAAACUACAACAGGACUUAGCACAAUUUAUUUUGGAAACAAAACAAAAUUGCAAAAGCCUUAGCUGCUUUCCACCUAAGAAGUUUAUUCAAUGAAGAAAAUGUCCACUGGAGUUUAAAUAACUACGUGAGUCUGGGCACAAGGAAUGACUUCAAGACAGCCCAACUCUCCUUUUGUAGAAAUGUCUCAAGUUGAACAACAAAAAAGCUGUUGUAAAUUUAGUCUCAGGUGUAAAUAUCAAAGCCCUCUGUUAUCCAGAGGGCUGACUACUCUGUGUGGUGCAUGUGUGUCCCUGUGAUGGCAAUCAUUUUAGCUGCUGGCCUUCAGAGGAGUUACAGAUCUGAUGGAGGUUUUUUACCUAUUUAUUUCCUGUUCACCCUGUGUCAAAAUUUAUAAAUAUAAAACAGGCAUUACCGAAAUGGUACUCUCUGUAAUUUGAUACUAUUUGGUGUAAUCAUCUUCACUUUAAUAUUUGUGAUGUUGUUGUAAUGUUAAGUGUGUUAAGUACCCAAGCUGCUUGUCUUCCACCAAAGAGUGCUUUAUUACCAAGACUCUGUGAAAACCACAUUUGAAGACUCUUGCAUGUUGUGAUACGAAGUGGUAGCAGGUACACCGGUAAUGUAAAACUUGCCAGAGAAAAUCAAUAGUAGCUUUAGAAGAAGACUCAGGAGGAGAAACUGGCUUCAGAGUUGGAAGAUUGUUGUGAGUCAUCCCUUUUUAUGUCAUUUAGGGACUACUUGGUUGCCUAGUCAUACCGAUUCAAGUCAUAUUUCCUUCUGUGCAUGGGAAAAACCCACACUUUUCGGUGUGUCUCCUUUGAAACAGUAAUCCAAAAUAACAGUGACUUAAAAAAAUACAACUUACUGCUUUAUUAGGGUCUUUCUCUGUAGCAUUGUGGACUUUUUUGGUAAUGUGAUUAGCCCAAGGCCAUUCACACACCCUUUGAUUUCAGUGACAGUUAUUCACAUCCAGAUUUCAGUUGUUUGUACAUAAGACACUCACUGUUGCCUUUGGUUAGGGAAUCAACUCUUUGUAGAGUGCCUUCUUCCCCUACAGAAACACAGCAGAGUCUGUGAUGUAAAGCAAUCACCAAUACAGAGUUUAUUUGCUGCUAGGAAAAAUGGGGCCCAAAAUAAAAUAAGAUUUUUAAGUAAAAGAAAUGGUUUUAGUUAUUGUUAAGCAAUAACGGUCUAUCCUAGUUUGGAGAAAGGGAGGCUACGUUAUUGAAAGGCAAAAUGCCUUCACGUUGUAAGAUGAAUGAAUCAGAUCAGUAGGCAAUUUCAUUUUUUAGAAGCUGCCUUUUAAAUAGCUGUGUGAGAAAUAAGAAGUGGUUGGCAUGGACAGAUUAAAGUCUGUUAGUACAAAAAUAAGUGGAAGGCCCUGGCUCCAUAUUGGUGUUUAUUCUCCGGGAGUAAUUGUGAGGUUGACUUGCUUUGAGGGGAGAUAGAAGCCGCCGUUGUUUUGGCCGCACAAGCAGUGCUUCCCCAUAAGGCAGUGUGGGGGGUCGGGUCAUGCCAGCUUUCACGCCUUGGGGACUGGAUCUCAGAAAAACAGUGGUUUUUCUAUCCCUGGAAAUUCACAGAUACAAAGACCAACUUUGCCUGAUGGGAAGGCCACUUUUCAAUAAGCUUUGGGUGAGAGCAGAAACAUUCCAUUUGCUGGAUUGUUCUGGGAGAGAAUGCUAUGUAUUCAAACUGCCCAGGCAUAAACAUUGUAUUCUCAGGGCAAAUCUUCUUCCCUUUAUACAUAUAUUUAAAGGCCAUCUCCUGCAUAAGUAAUUCAGGUAGUUGUGAGAAUCAAAUUUCCAACUGAACUGUGCCUGAUUUGGCUUUUUAUUAUGUCAGAACAAGUAAAAUGUGCUAUCCCCUCCCAGCGAAUAAGCCCUUUGGUGUCUUGGCCAAGAGUGAAAAAUUUGGACUUCAGUGUUAACCACAGUACUUUAUAUUUUACUAAUUGCCUUUUUGUGUUGGCUGCUCACGUUUCCAGCAAGAAAUGCUAUCACUGUGGCUCUUUCUAAAAAUCCUUGUGUUUAACAGGCUUGUUAUUGAAAUUAGUCAUAGGAAACUAGUGAUUUGUUAAGGAGUCAUUUCUUGGAACACAGAAGGCCAUAGCAGCAGUGUUCAAGUUUGGGGGACAUACCUGGAAUCUAGGAAGUCUCGGGGUCAAAUGGAUGGAAAGUUCUUGCUAUGAAUAGAGUGGACUCUUCCCUGUGCUCCUGCAAUUGAACAAUCAACACGUUCUCCUGAGAUUCUAGUUUCAAGCCUUCCUUAUAGGAAACCUUGUUGCAAUGGAAUAGGAAACAGGGCAUGUCAGGUGGAGAGAUUCCUUUACCUUAAGAACCUUAGAUAGCUUUAAAAGUACACCAUGACCAUUUCCAUUGGAAUUAAAAUGAGAAAUAUUUUUAGGUGCCCUUGCAGCUUUCUGAGGACUCAAAUCAUCAAAAGUCAAGGACAACCCAAAGGAAGGGUGUCUGCAAAAUUGGGUACCAGGAAGUGUAGCUAGACUUCUAUUUCGUGCUUCUUACAGAAAAACUAGGAAUCUCUGUGACCUGUGGCGAAGAGGGCCGAUCCUGAGCAGCGCCUCACUGAAACAAGUAGCCUUACUUGUCAGAUGUAGCUGCUUUCUAGUGGCAUGCUGCUCUUCCAGUCUACAGAAUAGUUCUGUUCCAAAUUUGAUCCCCUUCCAAUCACCCACCUUCUUUCUUCCCUGACCUCCUCUCCCUCUCAGGGGUGAUUUCUACCUCUUCUCUUGGGUCCAGACGAGUUUUAGAGGAGUUCUCCAGUGUUCUCACAAGACGAAGGUGUUUCCUUUGGGAGCCUGAUCCCUGGCGGGCAGGCUGUGCAGACCCUCAGGCCGUGUUGUGCCAAGAACUCUGGGAGCCUUUCCUUUGCUUGAAUCUGUGUUCAUGACACAUGGGCAAUGUGUUCCUUUGAUGUUUGUUCUAAAAGUAGCUCUGCUGCUUCUCUUCAUGCAUUUUUAAAGUACUUACUGCAUUUUGGAAAGCAGUGCUCGUCAAAAACAAUUUUAGAAACCUAUUUUGAUUCUUUAAUAGUCAUCUCCCACUAAAACUGCCUUGUGAGGUUAGUUGCUGCUCUUCUAUUUCUCUGAAAUCUGAGUAUUCUCCAUGUUGUUACAUGGAAAUACUACAGGUGUUUUUAAAAGACUGGACAGUUCACCAAUACUGUGUAGGAAAUUACCUCCUCAACUGCCUAUUAGAAUGAAAUGUCAGCAGAUAUGUCAUCUGAUUAUAGUACUGCAGUUUUAUAUUAAUAAUUUGCAUACUUUAUCUAACCUGCACUCAUGUACAGAUUAUUAAAAGUUUUAAAAUGUAACUGAUUAAUCAGUAUUUGGUCAUUGUCUUGAUUUUUUUAAUUAAAAUGUAUAUUUCUAAUCAUAUUUUAUAAAGCUGAGAGAACUGGUCGAAUGAAUGUUUAUUUUCCUGAAGGUAUUUUUAAGAUAAAGCUUCUUAAUGGCGUGUAAAUUUUGCAUAUCUAUGUAGUUUGAUACAUGUUGUAUUUGAAAAAUCGUGUGUAUUGUAACUGGUUUUAUACAAAAUAUUGAA